UGUUUGCCAUGAAUGAAACGGCUAAGAAGUAGAGGGAAGCCUGUUUUUGUUUGUCUUCUUAUUUACUUUUUUUUUGUACUUUGUGUUUGAAAUAAAAUUAAUAAUUAACCUUUGUCUAUAAUUAGAUUUAUAUGUGGAUUGAUAUUAAUUGUUAGUGGUUUUUCUUCUUUGUAUAGUGACAUUGAUUUUAUUGUUGUGAGAUUUUGAUUGCAAUGUGGAAAUAUCAACAAUUGUUUAUAUUGUUGAGCGGUGUUUUAAUAUUAUUUGUUUGUUCUUCAUCAGCUAGGAAAUUUCGAAUAUGUAUCGUAGAUGGUCGAGGUAUUUUUAAAACAUCUGGAAAAUUUUGCCCGUUAUUAGAAGCCAAAGAAAGUCAAAUCGAAUGUGUUUUAGGAAUUGAUAGGUUGGAUUGUUUGCGGAAAAUAUCGAAAGAAAUAGCAGAUUUUUCGGUGUUUACGCCAGAAGAUCUUCUGGCAGCACUUAAUUUACAUGCAGAAGUUUUAAUAACAAAUGAACUGAAAUACAACGAAGAUAAUUUCGAAUAUGAACUCGUGGCAGUCGUUAAUAAAUUUUCGAAUAUAAGUAAUAUUUAUGAUGUUGGAAAGAAACGAUUAUGUCUUCCAGGAUAUGGCGUUGAACCAGAGAUAUCUAAAGUUUUAGCAAAUUAUUUUGAGGCGACAGUUGUUCCACCAUCAUGUGAUCCAAAUUUAUCAUUGCUCGAAAAUCGACUUAAAGCUUCAGAUGAAUAUUUCGAAGCGCUAUGUAAAGCUGGACCUUGGGUUUCGGAUAGCAAACAAGAUCGAUUACUAAAACAAAAAUUCCCAAAUAUGUGCUCCUUAUGUGAUGAUCCAUAUAACUGUAAUCAACAUGAUAAAUAUUGGGGUCGACGUGGCAGUUUAUAUUGUUUAACUGAUGGCAGAGGAGAGAUUAGUUGGGCACGAUUAGAUGAUGUGCAUAGUCAUUUUGGUGUAGUCCCGGGGGAUACUCCAAAAGGUGUAGAAAUUGAAAAUUAUAUGCUCCUUUGUCGGGACGGAACAUUAAUGCCUAUCAAUUCAACAAACCCAUGUGUUUGGGUUUCAAAACCUUGGUCUGUUGUAGCAUCCAGAAGAACUAGCGCUUCAAGAAUCCAAGAAUUUGUGGCAUCAUUAUCGCAAAACACCGGUACUAGAAGUCCUUGGCAAACGGCGUUAUUUAAUUUAAUUGAAACAUUGAAUUACGAUAUUAAAAAUGUUGAUCCAAUCAUGUCUGUGGACACAUAUUUAUCUAAAGCUCCUGGAUUUUUAAGUGCACAUAGCUUUAGUGGUUGUCACCCGCCGAGAACACUUCGUAUUUGUACAACAUCCAAUAUUGAGAAUGCUAAAUGUAAUUGGUUACGUGAGGCUGCAGCUGUUAGUGGAGUUGAGCCUGAUAUUGACUGUAUUAAGGCCAAUAAUAAAACGCAUUGUUUUAAGGCUGUGAAAGAGAAUUUUGCUGAUGUAGUGUUUGUUCAUCCUGAUUUACAAUUUACAGCAACAAGGGAUUACGAUUUAAAAACCUUAUUAUACGAAACAUCACGAAAUAAUGAUUUAUACAUGACAGGAGCUGUAGUACAUGCAUCAUCUGACAUUAAAGAUUUGAAUGAUCUUCAAGGCAAAAGAGCCUGUUUUCCAUCGUACAAUGGAAUCGCCUACAAUACAAUAUUACAUGAAUUAAGAACUCAUAAUUUAUUAGAUAACAGUAUUUGUCCGUAUGAAGAAUCUUUGGGUCACUACUUUGGAAGUACUUGUAUACCUGGAUUAAAUACGAACUCAAAAAAUUUGAAUCAAUUAUGUGAUCGAAAUUUAUAUGAUGGAGAGAAAGGGGCUUUUCGUUGUUUAGCUGAAAAUAAAGCAGAUGUAGCUUUUAUUGAUUUAAAAACUAUACAAAAUUAUACAGAUGGUAUGAGCCAAGAAAAAUGGGCAGAAAAUUUAAAAUCCAAAGAUUUUCGUGUCUUAUGUUUCAACGAUAACAACAAGUGUAGUUUAAGUACAAUGUCAUAUUCUCAAGCAAUGGUUCGACAUAACAUCACAAGAAUGUUCGAACACGAAAGUUUAAACACGCUAACAUUAAUCGAUCGUUAUUUUGGUAGAAAUAAUAGGACAAUAACACCAGCGUUGGUCCUGUAUGGUCCUUAUGACGGUCAACAUAAUAUAUUAUUCUCGGAUAAUACAGAAAGAUUAAAUACGAAUUUAUAUUAUAAACAUAAUAUGCAAGUGUUACCUAUUAAUUAUACAGAAAUUAUUCGGAAUAUACCGAAAGUUUGUGAACCAAAUACUAGUAAUUAUUUAAGUAAUAAUUUUUAUUUAUUAGUAAUUGUAUGU